CCAAUAACCGAGGGCCCGCGUGCCUCCGUUCCCAUUGGCAACCCGCGGCUUCCAAACAACUUACUUUCCUCAGGCCCCAGGUGGCGGCCCCCCUGUUUUCGGUGGGAUCCCGCCACCGCCAUGAGUUGGGCCUAAAUGAACACCAUCAAAAUGAGGUCAUUAAUUACAUGCGUUUUGCUCGUUCAAAAAGAGGCUUGAGACUUAAAACGGUAGAUUCCUGCUUUCAAGACCUCAAGGAGAGCAGGCUGGUAGAGGAGACUUUCACCAUGGAUGAGGUUUCAGAAGUUCUAAAUGGGCUGCAGGCUGUGGUCCACAGUGAGGUGGAAUCAGAGCUCAUCAAUACAGCCUACACCAAUGUCUUGCUCCUGCGGCAGCUCUUUUCCCAAGCUGAGAAGUGGUACCUAAAACUACAGACGGACAUCUCUGAACUUGAAAAUAGAGAAUUAUUAGAACAAGUUGCUGAAUUUGAAAAGGCAGAGUUUACAUCUUCAAAUAAAAAGCCCAUCAUUGAUAUCACAAAGCCAAAACUUGUUCCAAUUAAUGAAGGAGGAACAACUGAACUGCUAAACAAGGAAAUUUUAAGACUUCAACAAGAGAAUGAGAAAUUAAAGUCAAGGCUGAAGACCAUUGAAAUACAGGCCACACAUGCUCUGGAUGAGAAGUCAAAAUUGGAAAGAGAACUUCAAGACUUACAGCUUGAUCAAGGAAAUCAACAGGAUUUUAUAAAGGCCCAAGACUUGGAUGACUUGGAAAACACAGUCGCUGCUCUUCGGAGUGAAUUUCAGAAGACACUUAAUGACAAGACAGAAAACCAAAAGUCUUUGGAGGAGAACCUAGCAGCAGCCAAACAUGAGCUCCUCAGAGUACAGGAGCAGCUGAGCAUGGCCGAAAAGGAGUUAGAGAAGAAAUUUCAACAAACAGCAGCUUAUCGAAAUAUGAAAGAGAUUCUCACCAAAAAGAAUGACCAAAUCAAAGACCUACGAAAAAGACUGGCAAAAUAUGAAUCCGAAGAUUAAAAACUGAAGGUUUUUCCUAGAACCUGCCGCUCAUGAACAUACAAGUUAUUGCCAUCGACCUCAGGCAUGUAUUUUGAAGCAUUUUGUCAUAUUCUCUCCUUUUUCUAAUGUUUAGGCUUUGCUUGUAAUAUUAGAGCUAGCAUUCUUACUCUCAGUCUAUAAUUGAGAAGAGGAAAAAAAUGUAAUGAUUCUUUUGUGUUGUCUCAAACACCUCUCUGUCAAGUGCUUCAGAGUGUCCAUGCAAAUGCAAUGAGAUUUCUUCAUGGUAGAAGAGAGUUUAGAAUGGAAAGAAGAG